AGUUUGCGCUUUGCCGGGGUAGCGAGAGAGCGUCCUAUGUUCUUUCUCCCUGCACAAAUUGCUGCAAGCGAUUCCUUUCUUUUAUGUAAUUGAAGACUUUUUUUCAUAUUUUCUAAUAUAAAGCUUAGAUUAAUAGGCUACUGUAACAUUCAUUCUUUGUGAGUAAGUUCAGCUGUCUCCAAUGGUACAUCAUGUAAGUAUUUUACAUAAAAUUUCUCUUGUUUUAUCGCUCUUGCUAGGAGGAUGAAGAAGGGAUUUAUUACAAUUUUAUCUCCUUAUCCUCUUAACAAGAUUAUUCAUAUUUAUUUUAAUUGAUGAUGUGAUAAGAUUUGAUAAAAAUUUGCAUAUUUACUUGUUGAGAUGAACCCCAAUCGAUUGUCAGCCCCUUUUCUGCCUUGUUUUCAUAUGACUCACUCCUAAAUAUGAUUCAUUACAUAAUUCUUUUUUGUCUGUUUUCUACUUUAACCCUAUAUACCCUUUUAUUAACAUUAUCUAAUCAUCUUAUUUUCUCCUUUUAGACGAAAAGACAUGGAAAAAGGAUUGGAUAAAAUUUCAGUCCAAGUUUGGCUAUCAUCUUGCGGUUUAGAAGGUUUCAGUAAAUACUUUCAAAAGUUUGAUAGCUUAAACGAUAUUAUUAGUUCAACUGAAUCGGAUUUUAAGAAAUUGGGAAUUAAAAAGGAAGAGGAUAGAGCUAGAAUUUAUGCAAAGUUACUUUUAGUUAGAGACAGUAUUUCCGAUUUAACAAUGAGGACUAAGCAGUUAAGAGUGAAAAACUAUACUGAUCUAAAGAUUCAACACCAACCACUUCCACCAACGCCUGGUGCUAGCAGUAGUGCCCCAAAUUCACCUCUUUUAAGGAGGAAGAUAAAAGUGGCCAAGGAAAAGCUAUUAGAAUCUCAAUCUUGGUUCUAUGGCGCCAUCUGCCGGAAGACGGCUGAGUCUUUGUUAAAAGCUGAUGGAGAUUUUCUUAUUAGGAAUUCAACGUCUAAAAAGGGAGAGAUAAUAUUAUCUUGCUUAUGUAAAUCUAAGCCUUUGCAUUUCGUUAUCAAUAAGCAUAAAGUGAAUGAUUCAGAGAUAUAUAAAUAUCAGUUUGAAGAGGAUACGUUUGACAGCGUCUAUGAGUUGAUAAACUACUAUAUCGUAAAAAAGAAAUUAAUUUCUUCCAACUCCGAAGCUAUUAUUACUAAGCCAGUACCCAGACCUUGUGGUAUACCACUAGGAGUUUGCUGCAAAAGCGCCUGCAACAGUCCAUCAUUACCCAGGAAAAGGACGGGAAGUCAGCCGUUUACCAAAAAAGAACUAUCUGUAGUUACAAUACCUAGAUAUGAAGACACAGUUCCAAAGGCUAAAGAGAUUGAGCCGGAGUUUGAACAACCAUUAUACGAUAAGGUUGCCGAAGAAGUUCUUUACGAUUUAUCGACGGCCGAAGAGAAGAAACCCGAGGUUUUUUACACAGCACCUCAAAAGUUUAAUAUGGUAACUGUUCGAAGAAGUCUGUUAAACGAACAUGUACGUUCCGUGGCCGAAUUUCUUACUUUCUUUCAUUUUCAUAAAUUGUUCGAUAGAACGGGUAAUUAUAGGAUAAUCGAACUUUUAACUCUACACACUGGCGAAGAAGAGAGAAAGAAAUUAUUAGAUCAUAUGAUCUCAUUACAUUUCUUUAUCCUAUCAACCAUUUUAACGUCCAGUAUUUCAGUCGAUGAUAGAGUAAACUGCCUUAGAUUUUGGCAUGCAGUUGCAAAUCAAUUAUUCCAUAUCGGAAAUUUAUUUACCUUCCGCUUAAUUACUUUCGCUUUAAAAUCACCUCAAAUUUCCAAGCUAACAAAAACUUGGGAAUUAACCAAGGCCAGAUACGCAAUUCUCACGGAUUUUAUCGAAGGAGAAUAUAAGAAAUUAAAAGAAGAUCUUGCUGAGACAAAAACUCCAGUUUUACCUGAUGUUUUUCCAUUUAUACUGCAAAUGGAAAAUGAUAAUUCCGUAGGUUCAAUUUGGCCUAAGGAGAAUGAUCUGGAAAAGAAUUUUAGAAUAUUCCAAGAGAUGAGAUGCGUACUUCGUCAGCUAUCAUCCUACGAGAAAGUCUACAAUACUAAAAAUCUUCAAUGUCUAGAUAAUUUGAAAUCAAUAUUUGAUGAGCAAUUUCAAUCCAAGUUAUUAUUUAACGGUCGAACUUGUCCAAAUCGUUCUGAAAAAUAUUCAAAACUUGUGGAGAUAUUUGAUUUAUUGUCAAAAAGAUGGCAAGCUUUUGAAAAUUAA